AUGGAUAGCUCAUUUGGCGAUGCCAGGCCCGACUCUCUACCCAUUUCCAGUCCCAAUGGGGUUGGUGGAUCUGGAGCUGGUUCUGGCGCUGGCACUGGCAGCCCCGCUACUGCUUCUGUGUUGGAGCCAUCGGUCGAGGCAGGAGACCAGGCUCCUUUCCCUCAGUUGCGGAACGAUCCUGACGAGGAGUCAGGACCUGUGCCUCCCAAGUCAGCCUCCCAGGUUCCACCGGCGGAGGACGUUGACGAUGGGGACGACCACACAAUUGCAAAGCCGUUCCAUCGCACCUCAAGCCCGGAUCCAGCAAGCCGGGGUGGUGCCGGCGUUGCAUCUGAAGAGGAGUACGACGGCGGGACUGGCCCCGAAGACCUCGGCGAGGAUGGCCGGCCAAGGAGGAGGCUGGUGCACAAGAUGCACAAGUUUAGCCUGUAUGAGACUGCCAGCAGGUAUUACAUCGUGGGUGGGGACGUCACCGAGAAGCGGUAUCGUAUCUUGAAAAUAGAUAGGACGGUCGAUGACAGCGACUUGAGUAUCACCGAUGACAAGAUCGUCUAUUCCCAGAAGCAAAUGAAUCAGCUUCUUGACACCAUCGACGAUGGGAACAAGGGGACCGGUGGCAUCAGGCUGAAGUGCACCACCUGGGGCUUGCUCGGAUUCAUCAAGUUCACAGGGCCGUACUACAUGCUACUAAUAACCAAGAGGAGCAUUGUGGCCAUGGUUGGCGGCCACUAUAUCUACCAGAUCGAAGGAACAGAGCUCAUCCCGCUCACACCCGCCAGAUAUAAGACUGACCAGCGGAAUGCCGAAGAGUCUCGAUUCCUUUCUAUCCUGAAUAACCUCGACCUGGCCAGAUCGUUCUACUACAGCUAUUCCUACGACGUCACUCGGACACUGCAAGACAACAUUAGCAAGGAGAGGAAUGCCCUCAAUAACGGCCUGCCCUGCUUUGUGGACGAUGACCACAACACCAUGUUCGUUUGGAACAGCCACCUGCUGCGACCAGCUGUGGACGCUUUAAAGGACCCCUUUGACUGGUGUCGCCCUAUCAUUCACGGAUACGUAGACCAAGCUUCUGUGUCAAUCUACGGCCGGACCGCCUUCAUUACUAUCAUCGCCAGGCGAUCUCGCUAUUUUGCAGGCGCACGCUUCCUAAAGCGAGGAGCGAAUGAUCUCGGCUAUGUGGCCAACGAUGUUGAGACUGAGCAGAUUGUCUCGGAAGCCUUGACUACUUCCUUCCACGCACCCGGUGGCAAGUUGUUUGCCAGUCCCGACUACACAUCCUACGUCCAACACCGAGGAUCCAUUCCGUUAUACUGGACCCAGGACAACACGGGUGUCACACCAAAACCGCCCAUCGAAUUGAAUCUUGUCGACCCCUUUUACAGCGCCGCAGCGUUGCAUUUUGAUAACCUUUUCGAGCGCUACGGCUCCCCCAUAUACGUGCUAAACCUGGUCAAGGCGAAAGAACGCACCCCGCGUGAGUCGAAGCUGCUGGAGGAAUAUCGAAAAGCCAUCACCUAUCUCAACCAGUUCCUGCCUGAGGAGCACAAGAUCAUCCAACGGCACUGGGACAUGUCCCGCGCCGCCAAGGCCCGAGACCAGGACGUUAUUCAGACUCUGGAGAACAUUGCCGAGGAAGUCGUAUUGACGACUGGCUUCUUUCAGAACGGCGAUGGGAUCAUUAAUCCCACUCGAGUGCAGAACGGUGUAGCCAGGACGAACUGCAUCGAUUGUCUAGACCGCACGAAUGCCGCACAAUUCGUAAUCGGUAAACGCGCCCUAGGCCAUCAGCUCCAUGCUCUAGGUAUACUAGGCGACACAGCUAUAGAGUACGACACUGACGCCGUCAAUUUGUUUACGCAUAUGUAUCACGACCAUGGAGACACAAUCGCGGUGCAAUAUGGCGGGUCGCAGCUUGUCAAUACGAUGGAGACAUAUCGCAAGAUAAACCAGUGGACAAGCCAUUCACGGGAUAUGAUCGAGAGCUUCAAGCGAUACUACAACAACUCCUUUAUGGAUGGGCAGCGGCAGGAGGCCUACAAUCUGUUUCUCGGCAACUACAUCUUCGCACAGGGACAGCCGAUGCUGUGGGACCUAGCCACGGAUUACUACCUACACCAUGCAAAUCCGAGAACAUGGUCAGUGACGAGUAAGAGGAGUUAUAUCCAAUGGUUCACCGCCGAGAACUUGAAAGAGCGGUCGCUCCCUGACUAUCACCCGCCAAAGGGUGCUGAAGCCAAGUUGCCGGUUUCGUAUUUUGACGAUUACUGGCUGGAGUAUUACCGCCCUCUAACUCUAUCAUCUUUCCAAAAGAUGUUCCCAUACAAGAUGAACUCAACCAUCAAGUACAUCCCAUUCAAGUCCACGCAAGACGGGCGAUACGACCUAAGUCCAUUUCGCGUUCGCACGGACGCAGACGGGGAUGCCCAAGACAAAAGGCGACACAAGAAGGGCGUCACCAUUCUGGACCCGACCGAAAUUGCGAAGGCUGAUGGCGACGAUGACACGGCCUCUAUCAUGUCAGGAAAGGCAGGUAGUGCCAACAAAGGAGGCAUAUCGCUACAGCGAUGGCUCCAACCUGUGGCCCAUGACAAAGUCAUCAACAAUGGCAGUCCUCAGAGUAUUAUGAAGGAACCUUCGACUCCCAUCGUGAAUGGCAAUGUCGAACAGCCACCGGACCCGAACCAACCGAAGACGAAGCCCACCCCGCUGGAAAAAUCCCGACAGGCGCAGUGGACCUUCACCAAAGUUGUGCAUGAAUCUCUCAACCCUUCCGUCAGCAACCAAGAAGCAGAGGACUACGAUCGCUACAUCAGCCAUCCGCAAAACCUGCCCCUCGUCGUAUCUGCCGACACGCCGGCUGAAGCUGUCGAAGGUGAGUAUCAGGAGUACCUCAACGGGGCAUGGCAGAGCGACGGCCUUCUCCUCGUGCCUCCGGGCUCCUCCUCUGGCGCCCCAGGCACGAGCAGCUCAGAGGACUACUACCACAUGUACUCUGAUCUCCUCAAAAUUGGGGAAGACCCUCUCACCGUGAAGGAGGAAGACGCCCAGAAGAAGCGCUACAAGGCUUACGGCAAGUGGCUGCGCGGCAAGUCUCUGUUCAAGCAGCAACCCAUCGACUAG